GAUACUCCAGAACACUCAUUCAUCUGUCAGUGGCGUAGAGAGCAGUUUCUCAGCUCAUCUAGAGUUUCACAGAUUUAUCAUUCCUUUCCUGAAGAGUUUAUUCUGAAUUCUUUAAACAAUGGCCAAUGCAGGGCUCCAACUACUCGGCUACAUUUUGGCUUUCUUGGGAUUUAUUGGUUUAAUCGCCUCUACAACCAUGGCAGAGUGGAAGAUGUCAUCUUAUGCUGGAGAUAAUAUUAUCACAGCCCAGGCAAUGUAUGAGGGGCUCUGGCAGUCCUGUGUGGCACAGAGUACUGGGCAGCUCCAGUGUAAAAUCUAUGACUCCUUACUACAGCUACCAGGGGAAGUUCAGGGGGCACGAGGUCUCAUGAUCACUGCUGUCUUUCUCUGUGGGGUUGCUCUGUUGGUUGCUGCUGUUGGCAUGAAGUGCACCACCUGCCUGGCAGAUGACAAAGAACAGAAGAAUAAAGUGGCCCUGGCUGGAGGCAUUCUCUUCAUCAUUGCAGGUGUUUGUGCUCUUGCUGCCACAAGCUGGUAUGGGGAGAACAUAAGACGGAAAUUCUUCGAUCCAUUUACUGCAACAAAUGCAAGGUAUGAGUUUGGCAAGGCUCUGUAUGUGGGGUGGGGAGCGUCUGCUCUUGCAGUCAUUGGUGGCAGUAUGCUCUGCUGUAACUGUGGAAGUGAAGCCACUGGGAAAUCCUACCCGCCUCCCCGUGCAGCUGGGAAACCAGGAACAGACCGGGUGUGAAACAUAUCCAGAGGAAACCAGGAACACAGCAUUUGAAAAACAAGUGUAGCAUCUCUAUCUGCAACCUCACAGUUCUUUGACAUGCCAAAUGUAUGUGAUGCCAAAACUCUUGUUUUGGAUUUUUUUUAUAUGCCUGCUGAUUAAAAAUUGUUUUAAUGCCAAGACUUCAUCAGAAGGAAGUUCCAUAAAAAAUACAUAAAUAAAUAAAUCUAUAUAUAUCUGAUUGUCAUACAUUUUCCUUAAGUAGGCCCUGAUAUUUUUAUGAACAUUAUAGUUAUUUGUACUUAUAACACAGUUCAACCUUUAAAUUAAAAUCUACCUUCCUUUGCCUCUUCAUU